AAAUCAAACGAAAAUUCGAUAAACGAUGAGCAAAAAAAACUGUACGAUUAAUUUCUCGUAUAAUUUAUUUUGCUCACCGUUUAUCGCAUUUUCGUUUUAUUCCUUCAAUUAGGUGUGAUUCCUUCUAAUCUCACCUAUUUUCUUAUAUUAUUUUCACCUAGUGCCACCGAGUAUGAGAUAAGGUAAUACAGUAAUCGAGAAUUUCCGUAAGAAUUGCAAUGAAAAUGCGUAAAUUAACGAAAUACGGUGAACAUAUUACUGUCAAUAUGAUUCUGCUCUAAAUAUUAUUAUUUUUUUAAUUGAGUGCUCUCUUAUAAAUAUAGACAGUCACAGAAUAAACUAAUAUUAUAUAUCAUAGAUACUCUAGUUUGAAUACAAUAUGACUUUUUCAAGAACAAUUAAUGUUAAUUAAUCCUUACGCUUUUGUUUUGACUAAAAAUAAAGAAAUAUGAUUUAAAAAGGGAAAACUUUUCCUAUUUUCGGCGAUUUUUCAGAGAAAUUUUAUUAGGUUUCAUAUGUAUAAGUAUAAUGUGUUCCUGAUUUUCUUUUAGUAGGUAUUUUGCGGAGUUUACGGUCAGGGGCCCUGGAAUAAUGCAUUGUUCGUUCUGAGAAGCCCAUAAUUCGUAGCUUCAUUCUCCCCAUUUCACGAUCAAACCCAGACUGCUCCCCUCUUUCACGACCACCCUGUUGCAGUAUCAUUUUAGAGAGAUGAAGUGACUCACGACUUUCAAAUUAUGACCAUUGCAAACUUAAUUAAAGAACUUAAAACUUUUUAAAACUUCUUCUAAUCAAGAUUACUCUGAAAUUUUUGGACGACUUUCAACAUUUUCAUAUCAAUUUCUUUAUACGUAUCUCAUAUCAUUGCAUUUGGUUUAAAUAACUUGGAAAACUGAGGUAGGAAAAGCUAAUGCAAAUUAUUUUAUUAGAAUAUAAUAUCAAUUAUUAUUGCAUAAUGGUUUGGUUUAAGAAAGAAUUUCGCGAUAAAGUGAUUAAGAUAGGAAUUUCUUUCCUUUUGUUGAUUUCUCCGAGUCACGGUUAGUCAUCGCAUUAUAAUUAAUGAAUCUUGUUUUCACUGUACGCGUAUCUUAAAUUUUAGAUCGACAGCCAAGCCUCUUAUACGAGGUAGACAUGACGACCAAACAAACUUGCCAUAUCAUCUUCAUCACAUUGCAGAUGAUUAAAUGAAGUUGUGUUGUUGCUCAUAUUUUUCUCACAACAACAAUAAAUUUCAACGAUCAGCCAAAAUAUUGCGUAUCCCUUACUCGCUACUUUACCAACUGUAAAUAUCAGCAAAAAUAAUACUACCAUGAAGUUACCAAUACCUCUUUGAAACCCUAACUGUCUAUAAAAUAGUCAAAUUUGCUCAACUCAUGAGCUAGUAUCUGACUGAUCGUGAAGUGGAAGGUAUCGUGGAAAUUUGUGCUUAUAUUCAUUAUCCAAAAAUCAUGGAUUGGAAUUUAGUUUUGGUGUCUGUUGUUACCAUUCUGGUGGCAGGAUAUUUGUACGUGAAGAAGAAGUUCCAGUACUGGGAAGAAAAGGGAGUUCCUUAUGUAAAACCCAUAUUCCCAUUCGGAAUUUUGAAAGAGAUGGGUAGUACUAAACAUUCAAGCGAGAUUUUCACAGAAGCAUACAAAGAACUCAAGGGCAAAAAUGCUUUUGGAGGUGUUUACUUCUUCACAAAGCCCGUUGUUAUUCCAACAGAUUUGGAACUAAUGAGAAAUAUUUUCGUGAAGGAUUUCCAGUAUUUCACUGACAGGGGAUUCUAUGUCAAUGAAAAAGAUGAUCCUCUAUCUGGUCAUCUCUUCGCCUUAACUGGACAACGUUGGAGGAAUUUAAGGAACAAACUAAGCCCUACUUUCACUUCUGGAAAAAUGAAAAUGAUGCACAGCACAAUUAUUGCAGUUGCCAAAGAAUUCCAGAAUUAUUUAGAACCAUUUGCCGAAAAGAAGGAAACGAUUGAAAUGAAGGAUGUCCUUUCGCGAUUUACAACUGAUGUUAUUGGAAAUUGUGCUUUUGGAAUUGAAUGUAACAGUCUCAAACAACCGGACACGGAAUUUCGUAGAAUUGGAAAGAAAGUAUUUGACUUUUCAGCCUUUGAAACGCUUCGCUUUUUAUUCCUUGUGAUGUUCCAAGAUUUGGGUCGUCUGAUGAAAAUGAAAAUUAACAAGCCCGAAGUGUCUGAUUUCUUCAUGAGGCUUCUCAAAGAAACCACUGAGUAUCGUGAGAAGAACGAUGUGAAGAGGAAUGAUUUCCUCUCACUUUUACUUCAGAUCAAGAAUACAGGAAAACUCGAAGGUGAUGAUACGGAUUUAGGAAAAAUGACCUUUGAAGAAUUGGCUGCACAAACGUUUUUGUUUUUCAUUGCGGGCUUUGAAACUUCCUCUUCCACUAUGAACUUUGCCCUCUAUGAACUAGCUCAACAUCAGGAUAUUCAGGACAGAGCGAGAGAGGAAGUGAAUGGUAUUUUGAACAAAUACAAUGGUGAAUACACUUAUGAAGCUUGUAUGGAGAUGAAAUAUCUCGAUCAAAUUAUCCAUGAAACUCUCAGGAAGUAUCCCAUUGUGGACAAUCUAUUCAGAGUUUGCGGACAGGAUUACCAAGUUCCUGGCACCAAACAUGUGAUUGAGAAGGGAACAUUAGUAGCAAUUCCGGUUUAUGGAUUUCAUCAUGAUCCUGAAAUCUAUCCGGAUCCUGAGAAAUUUGAUCCGGAUCGCUUUACCGAUGAAAACAUCAAGAGCCGACAUCCCUAUGCUUGGAUUCCCUUCGGAGAAGGUCCUAGGAUUUGUGUGGGAUUGCGGUUCGGCAUGAUGCAAACAAGGGUUGGAUUGGCCAAUCUGCUUUCGAAAUAUCGAGUUAAGACGACACCAAAGACACCAAUUCCUUUAGUUUUGGAUCCGAGCGGUGCUGUACUUACCCCUAAGGGUGGAAUGUGGUUACAAGUGGAAAAGGUUUAAUUAAACGAUGGAUGACCAUUUGAUAUUUUGUCGUGUGAAAUCAAUUAACUUAAAAUGAUAUUCUUUGUAUGAUGAUUUGUAAAAUUAAUGCAGAGUCACUGUAAUAUAAAAAUCAUGUACUAUCUAGCUUUGGUCAAAGACAAAUAAAUUUUUCCAGAAAAUUUUAUCUUAUCUAUUAAAUUCUUGCUAAAAUUUAUCUAUAUGUACUUAUGUAAUUUAUAAAUAUUUGUAUAUGUAUUUUUCAAAGUAUUCUAAAUAUUAAAUAGAAAUUUAAUGUUAAUGGA